AUGGGAUCCGAAAUGUCCACCCUUCGACCCUGCAAACGGUAUCCGACUGAACAAGACGUCAAAAAUCCUUGCAAGAAACAGCUAUCAGCAGACCUCAAAGCCAUAAAAGUACACGCACAAGUACACGCACAAAUACAAGCACAACGACAAGCAACAUUAGAAGCCAAAGCCAAAGAAUCAGAUCAAGGCAAAACUGCAACUAUCAGAAUAAUAUCCGACCAUCCGAUUCUAGUCCUGAAGAUUAAAGGAUUUUUCUACAUGGUAGAUCCACAGUUCAAAGCACUACCAGGAAGCACGGUAUUCGAAAAAUUUAUCAACUGUCUUAUUGAAGUAGGAACGGUUCCAUUUGAUGCCUCACAAGAUCCAACCACAUCGACAGGUGACCACGAAAGCCUUGAACAAUUUGAACGCGGUCCCGAUCUAGGAAAGGAAUUAGAACAAGAAAUGCAAAGAAAUGAGGCGACGUGGGAUAUGCUGAUUGCAAAACGUCCAGCGCCUGGACUUCCACUUGUGGCCCUGGGAGAAAAUCCACUUCGAAUCUACUUCUAUAGCGUCUUCAAUCAGUUAAGCCAGUCACGACCCUGCCAUAUUCAUAAACUACAAACCCUAGCGCGACGAUUAGCACCAAUUAAGAAAAAAAAAAAAUCCCGCAUGCCAACGCCGCCUAAAACCCCAAGUCCAAAAAUGGGACUCUUUGCUCAUCUACGGAAUUCUGUCCAAACUUUAAAUGCAUUACAAAGACUUGGUGCUUUACUGCCAGGAUUUCCCCAGAUUUCAGGAUCAAUGCAAGGACACGGCGGGGCCGCCUUUAAACCUAGCAAAAUUAUAGAAUUCAAUGCUGAUGGAGUGAUUGUAUUUACAUUCGAAGAAAAGGCUCCAGAUAAGCAAAUAAAUACUUGGGAGUGUCUUAAAUGGAAGGAUUUCACUGAGGAGCAACGGGAUGAGGCUCUGAAGAUGUACCUCAGCACAUGCACAAAAUGUUGGCAUACCAAGCAAUUUAAUUUUAUGAUUGAUGAGGCGAAAGCUCUUUCAUUUAAAAGUUUGGAUGAUGCCCUCGACUACAAGAUGAUCAUGCAGAUCUUGGAUUUUUUGGCCCGUGAGCUAGACCGCGCAGCCCAGCCGGAAAAGGAUCACAUUUUGAAUUGGUUCUUGGAGAUAUGGGAGGAAUUGGAAGCCAAAUAUCACCACGAAUUGUCAAUUAUCUACGCGACAGUGGAAGAUGAGUUUCGUCUGUCUCAAGACUUCAGACGUAUCUUGGCGAGCAAAGCCCGGAAACUCAAAGAGACCAACGUUCUUCGCCAGUUAUCAUUUGAAGAUGGUGUAUUCCUUCUUUUCAUCAUCAAAAUACGGAGAAUUCGUGCGUUGGAAAUAGGGAGAACCUUGGUGGGGCAAAGAAUGAUAAAGAAAAUCGCAGAGGAAAUAAUUGCAGAGGACACAGAGUUAGGAAUGAAAGAGUAUGCUCUGGCGAAGAAAGGCAAAGCGAAAGAAAGGUCUAAAUUAAGAAAAGAGCGGGACGAAUAUGCCAGGAUAAUAGCUAUUGAAGCUUAUUCAAUAGCUGAGCAAGUUUGUUCAAAAGAAGUAGACAAAUUCGUCGAAAAUGAGUCUAAUAUUGAUGGGAGUUACCCGGCUCUUCAGGUUAAAAACCUUCAGAAGCAGGGGGGAUCCGCUGUGGAUAUGAAUGAUGAUGAGGAGCCCCAGACUUCUUGGGCUCAAUAUCCUCAAGGAAAAGAUUCUCAAGCAGAGGAUUGGAACGUGGAUCCUGAUUUUGAUAAAGGCCACGCAGGUACUAAGACCCAAAUAACUCGAGUAGGGGAAUGGAAUAUGGACCCUAAUGUUGCUGCGGAGUUUGAGCGAAUACUUUUUCAACCAUUCCUCAAUACCCGUGAAUAUAUCUUGGGCUUAGUGAAGAAAACAGAUAUGGAAGAGUAA